GAAUAUUGCGCUUGAUUAAGGCUGCAAAAGGCAUCCGUAAGCUGCUGUUUGCGCUGGUCGUGUCGCUGCCGGCACUGUUCAACAUUGGCGCACUGCUGGCACUGAUCACGUUCAUCUACGCCAUCAUCGGGAUGUCGCUGUUUGGGCACGUAAGGCAGCAGGGCGCCCUGGAUGAUAUGGUCAACUUUGAAACGUUCGGGCGCAGCAUGCAGCUCCUGUUUCGGCUGAUGACAUCGGCUGGGUGGAACGAUGUGCUAGAGUCGCUCAUGAUACAACCGCCGGACUGUGAGCUGGCGCUCGAUUUCUCCAUCAACGGUGACUGUGGCCAUCCGCUGCUGGCGAUCACCUACUUCACCAGCUUCAUCAUCAUCAGCUACAUGAUCGUGAUCAACAUGUACAUCGCCAUCAUUCUGGAGAACUUCAACCAGGCCCACCAGGAGGAGGAGAUUGGCAUCGUGGAGGACGAUCUGGAGAUGUUCUACAUCCGCUGGUCGAAGUACGACCCGCACGCAGGCCAGUUCAUACACUUCAAUCAGCUGUCGGACUUUAUUGCGUCUCUGGAUCCACCGCUUGGCAUCCCGAAACCGAACACGGUCGCGCUGGUGUCGUUCAAUCUGCCCAUUUCCAAGGGGAACAAGAUCCACUGUCUGGACAUACUGCACGCGCUGGUGAAGCAUGUGCUGGGGCACGUGGAGGAGACAGACAACUUCAAGCAGCUACAAGACCAGAUGGACCAGAAGUUCAAAAAGCAGUUCCCAACGCGAAAGGAGCUGGAGAUUGUGUCGUCGACGCGCAUCUGGAAGCGACAGGAGAAGGCGGCCAAAACGAUACAGACCGCUUGGAAGGACUACCUGAGGAUGAAGCGUGAACGGGAACGCUCCCCAAUGUCACUGGACGAAGAAAACACACAAACUUCCAGCCCGGGCGGAUGGCAGAGCAAACUGUCCGCGCUGAACUUCCUGCAUCUGCAGGUGCAUCGCCGCGGUACGGCCACAUCAAGCCGUGCCUCGUCGCGAAAGUCGUCCCGAGCUUCCGAUGCGUCCGAUUUGAGCGAGCUGGCUGGGCCGUGGCUUAAUCUUCCAUUGAUGCUGGUGUCCGGUACGAGCGACAUGGUGAAGGAUGUUAAGCAGCAGCAUGCGAACGGACUAGAGCUGAAGGACGCUUCGGACGUGAAGGGACAGCGGCGCCGAUCGUUCUACAACUUCCCGUUCUUCCUGCGGCACCAGGACGCCGUCGAGGAAACGUCUACCUCAUCGCCGCAGCCACAGAAGCGGCCACUGAAGGACAGCGACACGAACCUGUCGCUCACCACGUCCCUCGAGAAGGUGCCAGUGCCGCCCCCGGCGACACCGAAGUCGAAGCGUGCCACAAGCUUUGUGAAGAAAAAGCCACCCCUGGAGCGUGGCUUUUCCGCCCAGAGUGCAUUGCGUCUGAACCGCAAUGCGGUCGUGCCGGAUGAUACACUGUCCACAUCGGCAGCGGACGUGAGUAUACUCGUGACGGAACCGUCGCCCGAUGUACCGACCGUACCGGCACCGGGCGAGACGACGCUUGUCCACGUGCUGGUGCACAGGGAGAGCGAGGAAUAUCAGUCCGAGCUGGACGAGAAAGGCGAACCCAAGGUCAAAGAACCGCGCGAUCCAUCCCGUGCGAGUGACAUCAAACUUUCACCCGGCACGAACGUUGACUAUCAAAUUCUAGGUGGACUGGAGGGUGCGCCCCGGCCCGUCGUGACGAUCUGCGUCGAAAGUCCGAUGGAGUCGCCGGAUCAGGAUGGUGGUGGUGCUACUGCUUCUGCUGCUACCACAGGGGCAGUCGCAAUCCCCAUCGAUCCGGAACCGAUCGAUGUGAAUCUGCCGCGUGAUACGAGCAACAUUUUCUACGACUACGAGGAACAGUCUGGGCCGGCCGUUCAAACGGUGCCCGCUGGAGAGGCACCGAACGUUGAGAACAGCGCGGUGACGGUGGAGAUUGCGAACGAAUUGGCGGAGUGUAAGGCGGGUCGCCGCUCACCGGGCUCACCGGGCGAUCGCCAUGAGCAGCCGUCCGACCGGCCCGAAGCAGACCUACCGGCACAGUCAAGCUGACGACCAUCGGAGCAAACAAUGGGCGAUGAGCACGCGGCGGACGACAGUUGACAAUCUACUUUCUGAGUAAGUUUCAUCCUUGCCCACUUCAUCGUACAACUCUCCAACAAAGAAAAAAAAACAGCCAUUGCAGCAGCUGCUGCUGUUUGGGCAACGUUUGUCUAAUCUCUUGUUUUUAGCCUGAAAUAGCGUGUGAAGUUCGGAGUACGGUUUGGUGAAGUUGACAGAGAUAUGAUAGGGUUAGUAAUAGCAAGACAUCUAACCAAAUACUAGGUCGCUUGUACAUUAUGCAUUAACCAAAGAUUCCUUCCUAUUCCGGUAGAACUCCUAGAAUACCCAACUGGUUCUCCCCCGUACGAUUAAGAGGCAUCAGAGGCUCACUAGAGUAUUUAAGGAUUCACGUUAAAAAUAACACCUGUACAGCUAGUGAUAUUUGGGAUGGAGAUAUAACAGAGGGGGCAGAAAUAAGGAAAGAGCGAAACCAACAGUGCGGUUAGACCAACAUUUCCACUAAGUGUGUUUACCGUCAGUUCCAUUUCACUCUUGCUUCUGAACACUAUUUUCUUACUAACAAGACACAUUCACAAAAUCUGUCUCUUAUUCUUGUUACUAAAAUCGUUACACUUCUUGCAUAUCAGUUUUGUGAUUAGUAGAGAGUACCCGUGAUGGAUCGACGACGAACCCCCGCGU